GGCUGAGGCGAGGACGGCAUGGGGGAAAACAAGGUGCGAUGAGCCGCUUUGAUCGUCCCGACGGGGAAGUCGGCGGCCCGCGUGGGUGGAGGCAAACUCCUGGACGACGAUCACGAACGGCCGUGUCGCCGCCGAACGCGGCUUCCUCCUCCCGCUCAUCGUCGGGGAGCUCAGCGCACGCCAUGGCCUCCACGUCGUCGGAAGAGAAGAAGGCAGAGCCUGAUCUCCACCCCCUCUACCCGACCACCGGCCAAAUCACCCUCCAUCUCUCCUCGCAUGCGGGCCUCACGCACGAGCAGAAGCAGGAGCUCGUCACUCACUGCCUGAUGCGCGCCUGUAUCUUUGGAGAUCUCCAGAUCUUGCAGUUUCUGCUCACAGACCCGCAUGCGCGCGCGCAUGUCGACGUUGCAGCGCGCGACGACGAGGGCAUCGGCCUCGUGAGCACCACCAUCCACGGAUUUGGCUCGGAUUCGGAGCGCGAGGUGGAACGGGAAGAGUGUGUGCGCUUUCUUGUCGGGCAAGGGGCAGAUUUGAGUGCAGACAACGUCGGUUGGACACCUCUUCACCAUGCCGCGUUGCUCUCUCCGCCUACCCUUAUAUCCUUCCUGAUGACCCAUGGUUGCUCUCCGUUUGCGAAGACGCGGAGGAAUCUCACGCCGCUUGACAUCGUCACCGCGCAUACCGUUAUGCCGGGCCGGGAAGAUGUCGCCACUCUGCUCGAGCAGGCCAUGCGUGGUGAGGGAUGGGAGGGUGGACGCAUGGAAGAACGCCGACGGUCACUCGAUGCCCAUAUGAAGCGCCGACAAGUGCAGCUCGAUAUCCGCACCGACAUCGGCAAGCUUCUCGACCUUAAUCCCAAGUGGUGGGGGCCACAGAAUGAUCUCGAGUACUCCUCAUCCGAAUCGGACGACGAAGACGAGGAGGAAGAGAGUCUAUACACACCACCGGCGGAUUAUGCUUCCAUGCUCGUUUUCUCCCCGGACCACCUGCCGCAAAUCUUUGAUUCCCUCAUUACCAACUUCCCUGUGACAUUGCGGAACUCGCAGCCCGCGAAUACCCUAUACCUCCUGGCCAGAUUUGCGUGCCUAACGUGCGACCAUACCUGGCUAGAAGACCUUAUAAUAGGCGCCACCGACACUAUUGAGGAUAGCGUCUUUAAUCACGGCGAAGAGAUCACUACACUGGUCUUCUGGCUGUACAACCUGACCGUCUGGUUGCACCUUAUGGAGUGCGACAAAGCGAUCAGUGAGGCGUGUGAGAUGCUGGGCUCCUUCGAGAUCAUCGAGGAAGUUAUCAACUCCGUCUUUGUCUUCAUCAUUCGCUUCGCCGAGCGCAAGAUCGACGAGCUCAUGGAUGCUGCAUUGCUCGACCACUCACCGCUUGCCUCGGAGUUCGAGUCUGUGCAGUUCGAGUCGGACCAGUGGUCUUUCUUCCGCUCUUUUGGCUCGAAGAAGAGGGGCGCUCCCAACAACGUGCACUCGAGUGCAUCGUCCAUUCGCAGCAACGGUCCUUCCGCUCCGCCCAGUCCGCGCCAGCCACCGAUGUCCCCCACCUCUGCCACGACAACACUCACGCCGUCGUCUUCACGAGGAUUCCAGUCGCUGCGUCAAACCAUUGGACGUGGUCGAGCCAACUCGAGUACCCCGUUGCACUUGCUCUUUGCCGAGAGCCAGUCGACGCCGACGCCAGAGUCGAUCACCGCUUUCCUCACCGCGCUGCACACAUUACUGGUAUUGUCCGGCGUGAACCCAGCGCUUACGACGCAGCUCUGGUCACAGAUCAUGUACUGGACGUCAUGCGAGGUCUUCAAUCGGAUUAUCACACGAAAGAAGUAUCUGUGCAGGUCCCGCGCAGUGCAGAUGGGCAUGAACAUCAGUGUCAUUGAGGAGUGGGUCGGGCAAAUGGGCCUUCCGCGUGGCGUUCAAUCGCACUUUGCGCCGGUGCGAGAUCUGCUCAACUGGCUUCAGUGCUUGUCUUCCAUAACGGAGUUCCCGAACCUCAUCGCCACCAUACAAACGUUGAAGGCCAUCAAUCCUCUGCAAAUGCGACGAGCAGUACGAGACUACAAGUACGAAGUCAACGAAGGCCACAUGACGGACGAAUGUAUACAAUAUUUGACCCAGCUGCAGAAGGACUGGGAGCGACAUAGGGUGAAGCUCGGCGUCGAGGCACUACGCAAGGAGCAAAUGAACGCACGCGACGGCGAUGACAGCGUGUCUCUUCAGGACACCGAUUCGGCGAGUAUAUCUAGCAUGUCCAUCAACAACCCUUCGGACGACAUCGCGUCCGCUCAACAAUAUCUGGAUAUGCUCUUUGACCGCAGUCAGGAUAAGACGAUCUGGGAGCCAGCCAAGCCGCCGCAGGCGCUCGGCGAGCUUCUCGACUCGCGCUACAUGCUGCCUCUCCUGCUUCCUUCGGACCCCCGACUACUCGCUGCUCAGACGAACAAGCUUCCGUUCCUCGACGACAAGAAGAGCAGUCUCCCGGAAUCGCGGAGUGCGAGCAGGGCCAGUACGUCGAGUCGCGGGUCUAUGUCAUGGGCAAAGCGUCACCGCAAAGUCCGUGAACUGCCUGUUGGUUCGCUGCAGUUCGUGGAUGGCGCCGUGUCUGCGUCGCGAUGGACGCGAGCCCCGCCACCUGUGGAGGAUGUGGAGGAGGACGAGGACAGCGACAACGAAGACGCCCAGUCGAGCGUCUCUGCAGAUCAGACGCUGCGCAUUGACACGCACAUAACGCCCCUGACACGGAAACCGUCUGCGCGGAAAGGGAGGGUGAGCGCGGUGGCCGAGGAACCAGGUACCCCUACGCGUCGCUGAGCCCUAGUUAUGCGGACGGCGCUUCAUGAUACCUUAUACAUUGCAGUGGAAGUCGCGCAAGUAUACCAGACAGACAUCUACCUACUUUAGAUAAUUACAUUGCAAGUCCCCGGUGCUAUCAUCACAUUGCUGCGCAUGUACAGUAUUGUUAUCCUCCACAUCGAAUGUCUCAUUGCACUGGA